UUAUUAUUUAUUAAUUUUAUAAAUUAAUAGUAGUAUUUAAAAUGUCAUCCCCAACUCCAUCAACACCACAACAACAACAACCACAAUAUUUAUUAAACCCAAAAAAGAAUUUUAAAAGCAAAACAUUAAGUGGUAGAGAAGUUGAUAGACAUCCAUUAAAUACAAUUACACCAAAAGAUGAAAAAACCAAACAAUCAUCAUUAACAUCAAAUACAUCAGUUAAAACAGAACAAGAAAAAGAACAAGAAUAUAAUAGUAGCAUCAAUCCAUUAUCAGAUACAAAUAAUAAUAAUGCAUUUUUUGACCCAUUAUCAAAAGAAAAUGAAAAAAAGCAUGAUCCAUUAUCAGAUACUAUAGCAUCAAUGGGUGGAUUAAAACUUAUUAAAGAAAAUCAUUUAACCAACUAUGUAGAUGAAAAUUUUAUGCCAUGGGACACAUUAAAACCAUCAAUUCUUCAACAAUAUACAUCAGAUGAGUCAACACCAAUCCAAGUAUCAUUCAUGUCAACUGGUAUCUCGGGUAAAGUUAAAAUCCCAAUUAAUCGUUUAAACAAGAUUUUAGAAGAAUUAGAACAAGAAAAAGAAGAAACUAAAAGUGCUCAACUUUCACAACCUGAUAUCAUUAUGGAUUUAGAAACAUUACACUCUGAAUUAUUAAAAGCAUGGAAUGCUGAAGAAAGAGUUAGAUCAUUAAAAAUUGCAAUUCAAACUGCUAAACUUUUAACAGAUACAUCAUUAAUUAAAUUUUAUCCAAGUAAAUUUGUAAUUGCAACAGAAAUUUUAGAUACAUUUGGUAAUUUAGUUUAUGACAGAAUUAAAAAAAGAUUACAAACCACUAAAGAUAACAAAAACAAUGAACACUUAUUAAAGGAACAAGCAAAAGAAACUUGUAGAAAUUGGUUUUAUAAAAUUGCAUCCAUUAGAGAACUUUUACCAAGAUUAUUUGUCGAAAUUUCAAUUCUUAAAUGUUAUGAAUUUAUUCAAGGCGAUAGUAACACUGAACCAAAAAUCGUUAUCAACAGAAUUAGUGAAAUGAUUAGAGGUAUUGGCAAUCCAUUAGUAGCCAAUUAUAUUAGAGCUUAUUUGACUAGAAGAUCAUUCGAUUUAUGCCCAGAAUACAAAAAAUUCAUCAUUCAACUCUUAAAAGAUUUUGUUUUCACUCAAAAAUCAAUGGAAAACUCAAAAUAUUUAGAAAACACUCUUCAAAUGUAUAGAAUUACUUUAACUGACUAUAUGGGUCUUUACUCACCAUCAUUGGAAUGGUUAUUACAAUGUUUAGCUCAUAAAACAACUCCAGAAACUUUAGAAGAGGUCUUGAGUCUCUUUAGAGAAAGUAAAAACUCUUUACUUUUAAAUCACAUUAUUAGCUCUUUCCCACCAGAUUAUAUUUGCAGCAACUCUACAAUGUUCUCAAACUUUAUCAAAGAUGCCGAUUCCCUCUCCUAUCCAAAAUAUCAAUUAUACAGUACCUUUGGUGUUAAUUUAGUUUUAGGUCACCCACCAAAAACACAAAUCCUCUCAAUUUUAAAUGAAGUAUGGAAGGUUGUUACAAAUUUUGAAAACAUUAAAGAUUAUAUUUCAGUUGCCGAAGUUUUUAUCGAAUAUGUUUUAACUCAUUGCUCUAUAAAAGAAACUGAUAUUUUCUUAAAAGAUAUCUUAAGACAUAUCAUUCCUGAUAAAGGUUAUGAAUCUAUUCAAUCACAUCUUCAAUCAAUUGUUUUAAAAAUUUUUACUCAUAUUUCAGAUUUUAGUGUUUUAGUUUCAUUGCCAAAUUUCUUACCUUUAUUAGAUUUAUUUAAUGGUGAAUCACAAAAACAAAUUAGUAGAUCAACAUUAGAAGCAUUAUCAAGUUCAAAUACAAUUACAUCAGAUCCAAUUUUAAUUAAUACAUUUUUAACCUAUGGUAAAGCAUUACAUGAUUCAUUAAAUAGUUUAAGCUUCCAAGAUGAAGUAAGACAAGUCACCAAUUUAGUUAUCAAUUGUAUCAAUAAAAUCGAUUUUGGUAGAGAUGUAGAAAAACAAUUAAAUUUUUAUGUAGAAUGCAGACAAACCUUUAUUAAUUUCGAUGGUGUAAAGAACAGAUUAGUUUAUGGUGUUAUUGAAAUUUGCGAAAAAACUUUAGCUUUAGUAAAAGGCAAACAUACUCCAAAAACAACAUCAUUCAUUAGAGCUUGUGUAGCAUAUUGUUUCAUCACAAUUCCAUCAAUUGAUGAUAUCUUUUUAAAAAUGAAUCUCUAUUUAGUAGCCUCAUCUGUUGCUCUCCAAAAUCAAGCUCUUUCUCAAGCUGAUGCUUUAUUAAAAGCUGCUAUCACUUUUAUUCAAGAAAUUCCACCAAUCCUCGAAUUUAAACAAGUUAAAUCAACUGAAGAUUGGACCAUCUCUUAUAUAUCAUCAUUCAUCUCAUUAUUAGUUGUUGCCCCAGGUCACCCUGAAAAUGGUCCAUUCUAUUUAGUUAAAGCUCUUCAUAAAGUUAUUAAAGAAUAUACAUGGGAAUCAGGCUCAACUGCCAAAGCCAAAAUCUUUAUUCAAUUGUUAGCUUUAUGUUCAAGUUGGUCUCAACAACAAUUGCCAUAUCAUAUCGAUAAAGUUGAAUCAAACGAUCAACUUUUCACUGAAGAUCCAGAGUUUACAACUGAAUUAACAGAACUUUAUAACUCUUUAAUUAAAGAAAUCUUAUCUGAAUUAAAUAACUUAAAAGAUGAACCAGAUAAUUUAACCCAGAAAAAAGUUUGUAACAUUUGUAUCGAUUUAAUUAAUAUGCUAUUAAAUGUUGGUGAAUUAAAUAGUAAAACCGCUUCAUUAAUAUUUAAUUUAUAUAAUAUGGCAAAGAAAAUAGUGCCACCAACCUCUGGUGAAUCUGUAUAUCUUAAAAAUACUUUAUCCUAUAUUGGUUCAUUAGCCGAUUCAAAAAUGUGCCAAGAUAUUUACAAUAAAAUCAACUCUUCUUCCUAAAAAAAAAAAUCUUCAAUUCCAACAAAUAAAUCUAAAAAAAAUAAAUUUAAAAUAAAAAAUAAAUUUAAUAUU